AUGCGUCAACUUGUGCGGAUUCCUGAUUUUGCAAGGCAUUCUAAAAUUCAAAGGAGCAAGGGCUUCGUUGUCAUGGCCGCAGCAGAAGAGUCAACGCAAUGGCAGAUGCCGCAAAUCACUAAAACAGGCCCUGACGCGGAACUUGGACUUGGACAUGAAGCUGCAUCUCUCUUUCUCUUAUUCGCUAGGGAGUCCUUGAAGGCAUACUCUCCCUCGGAGAUCUCCCUCCACGCCUCCCAGAAAGACUGCUGGUUGUCUAUCCACGGCAAGGUCUACGAUGUGACUGGCUUUAUGGGGGAGCAUCCGGGAGGGGAGGAAGCUCUCCUUCAGGCAGCAGCCGGUGGAGACGCUUCGCAAGCGUUUGAGGAGGUGGGGCACAGCUCCACUGCCACCGCCAUGAUGAAGGAUCUUUUGAUCGGCACCGUCGAGGGUUAUUCUUCAGGGCCGCCCAAGCCGUUCUUCGGGACCAUACUGCCGCAGCAGGAGGCGAAGACGGACUCUUCCUCCGGAGUCUCUGCUUUCCUCCUCCCUCUUCUCGCUCUCGCCGUAGCCGUUGCUGCUUGGUAUUACUUCAACUUCCUUGCCUAGAGAUGUAAUAAAUAACUACCGUACCGUUAGCCUCGGCAUUUGUUACUGAGACCCAAACGCAAAAAAAUUCGGAAUAAAUGUCUCUGUGUUAUUUUCCUUUUUUUAAUUUAUUUCGCCGAACUGGCAUUAUGUUUGAGCGGAUUUGCUAUCCUAAAGAUUACGAAUACUAUUAGCCAUUCUUUGUCGUGGCAAUUGUCGUCAA